GCAGGACCGUCCUGGACGGGUGCGGAUCAAGGCAGCUACCGAAAGAUUUUUCCUGCUACAUGUCAGAAUAGGUGUUGAGCUCCAAGCUCAACAUCAUCAGGAGGAAGAUAUGAACAAUAUUAAUGUUCCAAAGACAGAUUGAAGCAGUGAUGAGCUGUACAAGGAAAAAAAUUCCUACAGGGAAAGAUCUGAUUUAUAUUAAUGCUUCAGACAUAAAGGAAGAAGAAGAGACAGAUGUGAGCGGUGAUGAGCAGUAUAAGGAGGACAUUCCUACAGUGAAAGAUCUGAUCUAUAUUGAUGCUACAGACAUAAAGGAAGAAGAAGAGACAGAUGUAAGCGGUGAUGAGCAGUAUAAGGAGGACAUUUCUACAGGGAAAGAUCUCAUCUGUAUUAAUGCUACAGACAUAAAGGAAGAAGAAAAUACAGAAGUAAGCGGUGAUGAGCAGUAUAAGGAGGACAUUGCUACAAGGAAAUAUCUGAACUAUGUUAAUGCUUCAGACAUAAAGGAAGAAGAGGAGAGAGAUGUGAGGGGUGAUGAGAAGUAUAUGGAGGACAAUGCUACAGGGAAAGAUCGGAUCUAUAUUAAUACUACAGACAAAAAGGAAGAAGAGACAGAUGUGAGGGGUGAUGAGCAGUAUAAGGAGGACAUUCCUACAGGAAAACAUCAAAUCCAUAUUAACUCUGCAGACAUAAAGGAAGAAGAAGAGACAGAUGUGAGCAGUGAUGAGCAGUAUAUGGAGGACAUUCCUACAGGUAACUAUCCAGAUUCUUGUACCGGGAGAUCAGAGGAGAAUCUUAUAUCUUCAGAUUAUAAAGCAGAUGAUGAUAUCACACAAGAUACAUAUGAAGAACAUUCCAUUAUCCCAGAUACACCCUCAGCCCUUCACAGCCAAGAUCUCUCAUCUCAUCCUUAUAUACAGGUCCUGUCUUCUAAUUCAUCACAGGCUGUAAAGCGAAAUAAGAAAAAGCUAUUUUCUUGUUCAGAAUGUGGAAAAUGCUUUACUCUGAAAUCAAGUAUUUUUAAGCAUCAAAAAAUUCACACCGGAGAGAAGCCAUUUUCAUGUUCUGAAUGUGGAAAAUGUUUUAGUCAGAAUUCAGUUCUAGUUGAGCAUCAACGAAUUCACACAGGAGAAAAACCAUUUUCAUGUUCAGAAUGUGGGAAAUGUUUUACCCGGAAACCAGAUCUUGUUAAACAUCAAAUAACUCACACAGGAGAGAAGCCAUUUUCAUGUUCAGAAUGUGGGAAAUGUUUUACUCAGAAAUCAAUACUAAGCAUACAUCAAAGAAUUCACACAGGAGAGAAGCCAUUUUUAUGUUCAGAAUGUGGGAAAUAUUUUACUCAGCAACCACAACUUGUUAAACAUCAAAGAAUUCACACAGGAGAGAAGCCAUUUUUAUGUUCAGAAUGUGGGAAAUAUUUUACUCAGAAAUCACAUCUUGUUAAGCAUCAAAGAAUUCACACUGAUGAGAAGCCAUUUUCAUGUUCAGAAUGUGGAAAAUGUUUUUCCCAUAGAUCACAGCUUGUUUUACAUGAAAAAGGUCACACAGGAGACAAGUCAUUUGCAUGUUCAGAAUGUGGAAAAUAUUUUUCUCAGAAAUCAACACUUAAUAGACAUCUAAGAAUUCACACAGGAGAGAAGCCAUUUUCAUGCGCAGAAUGUGGAAUGAAUUUUACUCAGAAAUCAAAUCUUGUUAAGCAUCAAAGAACUCACACAGGAGAGAAGCCAUUUUCAUGUUCAGAAUGUGGGAAAUGUUUUAUUGAGAAAUCAAAUCUUAUCAAACAUCUAAGCAUUCACACAGGAGAGAAGACAAUUUCGAGCAUUAAAUGAUGCAGAUAAGAUAUCUAUAUAGUAACCAUGUACAUAGGAUAUCUGACAUUUAUACAUAUAUCAUAUACUGCAUCUCCAAACUUGUUCCCAAUUGUUAAUAAAAGUUUUCUUUUGCCGACAUUCUGGAAAGAGACAAACAGACAGACCGUGGGGGAGAUAUUCAAAAAAUUCUGUCAAUUUCUGUUAGUUUUAUUAAUUACACUUUUGUUUAAUUAUUCUCACAUUUUCAAAAGGUCUCUUGUGCCGCUUUGAAAAUAUGGAUUCAUUUUAAUGGAACUUUAGUUUUUUGCAGCAAAAAAUUGCCAAUUUGGCGCCAAUGUUUUUGUUGCCGCCAUGUUAGAUUUUUUUUUGUAGCAAAAUUGCCGAGUUUGGCGCCAAAUUUUACAUCCCGAAAAAUUUUGUCUGAAGCAUCAAAUGUAAUAUUCCAUGAUUUCUAGCGCCCAGACAAGCGAUAACUGUAUAAAUAAAACAUUUCUAGGGCUUAAAUGCAGUGAUCAUGGGAAAAAAAAAUAUAUAUUUUUUAACCCCUUUUUGCAUUUUCAUUUAACCCCGUUUUUGCAUUUUAAUUUUUUCCUCAUCACCUUAAAAAAAAUCAUAACUCUUUCAAUUUUGCACAUAAAAUUACAUAUGAUGACUUAUUUUUUGUGCCACCAAUUCUACUUUGCAGUGACAUUAGUCAUUUUACAAAAAAAUCCACGCCGAAAAUGGAAAAAAAUUCAUUGUGCGACAACAUAGAAGAAAAAAUGUAAUUUGUAACUUUUGGGGGAAAAUGUAUACGUAAAAAAAUUCUCAUCUUCUGACCCCUAUAACUUUUUUAUUUUUCCGCGUAUGGGGCGGUAUGAGGGCUCAUUUUUUGCGCCAUGUUCUUGUCGGUACCAUUUUUGUAUUGAUCGGACUUUUUGAUCGCUUUUUAAUCAUUUUUUUCAUGAUAUAAAACGUGACCAAAAAUACACUAUUUUGGACUUUGGAUUUUUUUUUCCGUGUACGCCAUUGACCGUGCGGUUUAAUUAACGAUAUAUGUUUAUAAUUCGGACAUUUCCGCACGCGGCGAUAACAUAUUUGUUUAUUUUUAGUUACAGGUUUUUUUUAUGGGAAAAGGGGGGUGAUUCAAACUUUUAUUAGGGAAGGGGUUAAAUGACCUUUGUUAACUUUUUUUUUCACUUUUUUUUUUUUUUUUUUUGCAGUGUUAUAGCUCCCAUAGGGACCUAUAACACUGCACACACUGAUCUUUUACCCUGAUCCCUGCAAAGCCAUAGAUUUGCAUGGAUCAGCAUUAUAGGGGGUCGAUUGCUCAAGCCUGUAGCUCGAGCUUGGAGCAAUCAAACGCAGAUCGGACGCACAGGAGCAAGGUAAGGGGGUCUCUGCUCGCGUUUUAGCUGAUCGGGACAGCGACUGAGCUGCCGGGAAGUGUUUACUUUCACUUUCAGAUGCGGCAGUCAACUUUGAUCGGCGCGUCUGAAGGGUUAAUAGUGCGCGGCACAAUGAUCGGUGCCACGCGCUAUUAGCCCAGGGUCCAGACUAUGAUCAGUAGCCGGGACCGACUCGGUGUGCUGCGGGGUCAGGGCGUCACCCCGUUUUAAACACCGGGCUCAGGGCAUACAGGUACGCCCUGAGUCCUUAAGGAGUUAAAGGGGUACUCCCCUGGAAAACAUUUUUUUUUAAAUCAUCUAGUGCCA